CUCAUAGAUGUGAAAAAGACUGGAUAGUUUUUGAGUAAAUUUUGAAAUGUAGGGCUUUGCCGUGUGUAAUGUAUGAGAAACUCACUAGUAGGCUUAAAAAAGGUUAUAAGGUCAUAAAAAAUUCGUCAAAGUCGUUACGGAGAUAUUCAAGCCGUAAUGCGUCUUCUUCGCAAUCGGAUAAGCUUGGUUCGCAAACCUCUACUGCCAAAAGUGUUGAGGAUGCCAAAGAUCCAUGCCAUUCGAAACUAACUGAGGUGUUGAAGGAAAGAGAUGGAUGGGAGGCCAUAUUUGAAAAUGAUCGCUACAAAAAUUGGCUUAAAGUUGGAAUAGCACUCAGAUGUACCUGCGAUGCAGUGGCGUCGCUAGUGGAUAAACUCCUUAUAGAAUUUCAUCUAGAACUAAGAGAUAAGUACACGAACAAUGCCCGGAUUGGAUGGCAACGAGAAUUUAUCAGAGAAGUAUCGAAACUACACAGAGAAUCGAUUAAACCAGGUGAAGUUUGGAGGCGCAGCGAUGUCAACAAAUGGCUUUCUGUUGACUACGGACCUUGGGAAAUCGCCAAGGUGUUUAUGCCAAAAGGAAGUCGCGGGUCUUCCAAUAUUUUCACUGCUAAAGAUUUUGAUGCCACCGGACUAAUGAAUUUUAUGACACAGUUUCGUCCGUUUGAGAAUUACGUCACUGAUCUGGGUCAGGUGCAUCGUGUGAGACAGAUCAGGAAUAAGACAAUGCACAGUCCUCGACUGGAGUUUACGGUUGAAGAAUUAAACUUUUGUUUUGAUGAAAUACAAGUAUUUUUAAAUGAUGAAGUUCUUCAAAGUCAUUUUACAUCAGAUCGAGAAUAUAAUCAAACUGUGGAAAAUAUCGAGAAGAUCAAACUAUGCAAUUUUAAUGUGGUGACAACAAUCAAAUCGAGCUUUGAUGUGUUGGAAGAUCGCCUUGAUUCCGAAAAAAGUGACGAAGCACCUUACCCUGCGGCGAUGUCGUCAAAUAGAGAGUUGUUAAGAAGUCUUCGUCGAGUAUUUGCUUCAGGAGAAGUGAAAUUUACAUUAAACACAAAAUCAGUGGAAGAAAAAUUGAACGAAUUGGAAAUUCUGUUAUCAGAACAACAAAGCUUAGCAGAAGAAAAAAUAACGUUAUUGUUUAGCAAGGCCAAUUAUUUGCGACAUCAACUCGAUCGCGUGAGUGACCUUUUUGUGUCGAAUGGAAGACUCGAUGAGCCUCAACAAAAUGAAAAAUACGAAAAACCUACUUGUUUCAAUUCCUUGAUGUUGUCAGAUCAGGAAAACAAGAGAAAAAAGAACAAGAAACGAAAUAGGAAGAACAAAAGAAAGUCAGCUGAAUACAAUAAGUUAGCACAGAAAAAAAGUAGCCAUUUUUCUCUCAAGGUCAAGAAAAGUCGAUUAUACGUAUCAAACAAGAAACAGAAAUCGUCUCGGCCUUAUUCAGUUCCAAACCUAAAAUCUAUGCCAAUUUCAAAUUACAUUGGAACCUCCGCAUCCAACAGCAAGUUUUUGCUUCCUCAGAAAACUUCAACAAUUGGAGCAGUGCGUUACAAAUCCACUGAAACUACAGACGACACAUUUGGGUCGGCAGACACGACUGCAAAGGCUGAAACUUUGGAAAAAGCAAAACAGCAACAUGUCGAGGAAAAUAAUAAGAGCCACGAAGCUGGAUCGGACAUACCAGGACCAUCUGGUUUGCAAGAUAGUGAGACUGCUGGAAGUACAUUGGGAAAACGAAAGAGUUCCACAAGUUGCUUAAUUCCGUCUGAGUCAGUUAAAAAGAAGUUAAUGAUUCCGUUCAAUCCAAUUUUUGGAAAGAAAAAAGAACACAAUAAAAACAAUGGCCGUUCUAUUGAUACAAAACAAGCUAAUUGUCCGGGUGAGGGAAAUGGCACUACUGGAGUAGGUGGCGGUGGGGGAUCAAAAGCAGGUCAUUUUCAGAAAAUAUUGAAGAACCUUCUAAUUGACCAGUCAGCACAGGGGUCUCCGGUUUACGAAGAUCGGAGAGAUGGUGAAUAUUUCAACAGUACUGUCAAAUUUCAAACUAAGUUUGUCGUCAAAUCGAAAGUACCAAAUUCUAGUCCGGAGGAAGCUGAAAUUGAAGCUGCAGUUCAGGCAUUGAAGAAAUUUGGCCUUGAAGUCGGUGAUAGAAAAAAUGCAAAAGCUGUUUUAAAUCAAUUUUGCGAAGCGGCGGUUGGUACACGACCAAAUUAUCAUACGUUCCUCGGUUCUUCCAAACUUCAUAUCGGAGUUGCGCAAAUACAUUCAUUGUUUGCAAGUUGGAGCACAGGCGUUGACUCGGAAUCAGAUUUUCAUUUUUUCAAGAGGCAUAAGUUUACGGACGACAUACUACUACAGGUGAAAACAAUCGAUUCUGUAUCAAAAGAACGAGAGAAUGCGGAACAAAGUUGUGCCAGAAUUGCCUUACAAGAAGCAAACAUUGACGAAUCAAAAAUAUUGAAUUUUAAAAAGGCUGCAAAUGAACUGUGUCUAAGGGACGGUGGAACUCUUCCAAUAUAUGAAACAGCCCGAGUAUCAAAAAGAAAGGAAUCGCAAAUGGCCACUACUAUGACGUCAUUUGCCCGUGAAAAAUUGACUUCGUCGGAUUCGUCAUCUGAGAAAUCUUCUACAGAUUUCGACAUCAUGCCAGAAAGUUUCUUGUCUGAUGAUGUUUUGUUGGCGACAUCAGAACAGCCAUCUUACACACAAGAUCAAGCAGAGGAAGCUGCGGCAAAGUGUCUUCUUGAAAAAAUGGGCGUUGUCGUCUCACCAGCAACUGCGGAUGUUCGACCAUACACGCACGUUCUGAGGGAAAAUGCCGUACAGUGGGGAUAUCAUCCACCGCAAUAUCACACUUUUGAGGUGAAGCCACAAAUUGACCUUGGUCAAGUAUAUUUUGCAGUGGUCAGUAGUAGAGCGUUACACAAGUUUAUGGAAUCAAUGAGUGCCGAAAGUGAUUCAGGAAUGACCACAAUGCUGGAUGCGAGAGAAAGCGCUGCGAGAAAAGCUUUACUAAUGCUAGGUUAUCCACAGAUAUUUCAAAAAGUUUAAUUUAAUUACUACAAGUCAGUUUUUAAAGCUACAAAUUGUUUCUAAAAUAAAGCAUAUAAUUAA